AUGGCCGUUCAAGCCGCUUCCGCCGCCGAGGCGCGCACACAGCUUGCCUACCAGAACAGAUGGAAGUCUCUGGCAAACAACCCCAAGAUUCUCGUCAUUGCUCUCUUUGCAUCCUUUGGAGGUUUCGAGUAUGGUUACCAGCAGGGUGUUCUCGGACAAUCUCUCGUCAUGACGCGCUUCAAGGACAACUUCCCUUCCGUCGUCGGCUCUUCCAGCGCGACGGGUUGGUUGACAUCUAUCCUUCAGCUCGGCGGUAUCCUGGGUUCCGUCAGCGCCGGUGUCUUUGGCGAGGUCUUCUCCCGCAAGUACACCAUGUUCUCCGCCUGUCUCUGGGUCGUGCUCGGCAGUUACCUCUAUACCGGCGCAAGCUACCACAAGCCCGAGCUCCUCUACGCCGGCCGAUUCUUCACCGGUCUCGGUGUUGGAACCUUUAGCGGUGUCGGUCCCCUGUACAACGCCGAGCUCGCCGCCCCCGAAAUGAGAGGCUUCAUCGUCUCCUUCUACCAGUUCGCCACCAUCCUCGGAAUCAUGCUUUCCUUCUGGAUCGGAUACGGCAGCAACUACAUCGGCGGCAUCGGCGAAGGCCAAUCCGAUCUCGCCUGGAGACUCCCUUCCUACAUCCAGGGUGUCCCCGCCGCCCUUCUCGCCCUCGGUAUCUGGUGGCUUCCCUUCUCCCCCCGCUGGCUCGUAAAGCAGGGCCGCGACGAGGAGGCCGUCAAGACCAUCGCGUACCUCCGCAAGCUUCCCGAGGACAACGAGCUCGUCCAGGUUGAGUUCAAGGAGAUCAAGGCCGAGGCCCUCUUUGAGCAGCGUUCCUUUCAGAAGGCGUUCCCUCAGUUGGCCGAGAAGGAGAAGACGAGCGUUUGGAUGCGCGAGGUUGCGCAGUACUGGCGUAUACUCCGCUCUUGGGACCACUUCAAGCGUGUUUCGUACGCUUGGUUGGUCAUGUUCUGGCAACAGUGGUCUGGUAUCGAUGCAAUCAUCUACUACGCCAGCAACGUCUUCCAGAGCCUCGGUCUCACCGGCGGCACAACUGCUCUGUUGGCUACUGGUGUCACUGGUGUCGUCUUCUUCUUCAGCACCCUUCCCGCCAUGGCAAUUAUCGACAAGGUUGGCAGAAAGCCCAUUCUGAUUGCCGGUUCUAUCGUCAUGUUGAUUUCCAUGAUCAUUCCCGGCAUCAUCGUUGCCAAGUUCAGCCACGACUGGCCGGGCCACCCCGUUGAGGGAUGGGUCGCCGUCGCCUUCAUUUGGAUUUACAUCGCCGGUUUCGGAGCUUCGUGGGGCCCCGUCUCAUGGACCCUUGUUUCCGAGAUCUUCCCACUGUCCAUCCGCGCCAAGGGUGCGUCAAUCGGCGCGUCAAGCAACUGGCUCAACAACUUCGCCGUCGCCUUCUACGUCCCCUCCAUGCUCGAGAGCUGGAAGUGGGGAACCUACAUCUUCUUCGCCAUCUUCCUCGGCGCCAGCAUCAUCUGGGUGCACUUCUGCCUCCCCGAGACCAAGGGUGCCACGCUCGAGGAGAUGGACCGUGUCUUUGGAAGCAACGCAGGUGCUGAGGACAGCAUUCUUCUCGAGCAGGCUAGACGGGAUGUCGGCUUGACUGAGGACUUGGAGGAGAGCGCCAUCCACGCUGAGAAGAAGGGACUUCACGAGUCUCAUCACGAGUCGGCUUAG